CCGGCCCCCGCUGACUGUGUUAAAACUUCGGCGGGGCCAUUUUGGGGGCAGUAAGACCCAGCGCGGGGCCCGAGGGACGCUCAGCGCCGCGCACCGACCGCCUCACCCUCCCGCCAUCCAUUCACCCACCAUGAGCGAGGCGGCGGAGACCACCACCGCUGCCACGACGACCACCGCCACGAUCACCACCACCACUACUACCACCGAUGCCGGUGCCGCCGCCCCGGCUGCAACCCCCGCGCCGCCCCCGCCGGACGCCAAGCCCAAGAGCCCUGUCAGCGCUACCGCCGCCGCGCCGGGUGCGGCUGUUGCUGAGGCGGCCGCAUCUACCGCCGCUUCUUCCUCCACUACCAGCGCAACCACCGCGCCUGAGACGGAGAAAAAAGUGUUGGCCACCAAAGUUGUUGGCACAGUCAAGUGGUUCAAUGUCAGAAAUGGAUAUGGCUUUAUCAACAGAAAUGAUACCAAAGAAGAUGUGUUUGUUCAUCAGACGGCAAUAAAGAAAAACAACCCGCGGAAAUACCUGCGCAGUGUUGGUGAUGGAGAGACUGUAGAAUUUGAUGUGGUCGAGGGAGAGAAGGGUGCGGAAGCAGCUAAUGUCACUGGUCCAGAUGGAGUCCCUGUAGAAGGCAGCCGUUAUGCUGCAGACCGGCGCCGCUAUCGACGUGGCUAUUAUGGCCGACGCCGUGGACCUCCUCGAAGUGGUGGUGAGGGAGAAAUAAAGGACGGGGUCACAGAAGGAGCACAACUUCAGCAAGUCAAUAGGAACCCUACCUAUCGUCCCCGCUAUCGCAGAGGGCCCCCACGUCCACGCCCUGCCCCAGUGGCUGGAGAGGCUGAAAACAAAGAGAACCAUCAUGAGGCCAACGCUAUGAAUCAGCAGCCCCUUCGUCGUGGGUAUAGGCGCCCCUACAACUACCGGCGUCGACCUCGUCCACCCAAUGCUCCAGCUCAGGAUGGGAAAGAGACAAAGGUGACUGAAACACCUGCUGAAAAUCCUGCUCCAGUGACCGAGCAGAGUGGUGCUGAGUAAUGUCCGGCUCCCCAGGCACCUUUACUAUCCCUCAGGUGUCCUAAAAUACAACUCAAAAGUAACACCAAAGAAACACUCAAGCAAUAAAUUGUCAACAGUGAUGACAAAAGCAAAGAUUUGAAACAUCGGAACUUAAAAGAAAAAAGAAAAUAACCAGCAGCUGAGAUCCAGGGAACGCCUGCAAGAUAGAUGCAUGAAGAGAGAAAAAAGAGCAAGAUUCAGAAAGAGCAACCUCCCCAGUUUCACCAGCAACUGUGGGUUUUUGGUUUUUUUAUUUUUUUAGAAUUUCACUGUUUCGCUAGUAUGAAUUUUUCAAUUUUUCUUUUGGUAUCAAACUGAAAAGGGAAAAAACCCAACCAAAGAACUGAAAUUGAAAUCAAAUGCUUUUUUGUUUUUUUUUAUUGGAUGCUGGUGCUAAACCUCCCAGGUGUGAUGAGUUUUAUUUUUUUUUUUCUGUGCCAGUCCUGUUCACUGCAGGACACGGGGAGGAGAAACUUCCACUUUCCUUGGUGAGAUGCAUUUGAAACUGUGCAGCAUGGGUGACGUUCCUCACAAAUAAAAGUUAUUUCAACUACCAAAAAAAAAUAA